GGCGGGCCCUGGCGGGCGGGCGGGCGCAGGCUGCGCGUAUGAAGCAGCCCGCUCCGCCGGCCGCGCUGCCCCAUGCGGUGCUGGAGCUGCCGGAGCCCCCGGAGCCCCCGGCGCUGAGCGGCCGCGGCGCCGCCGCCAUGGGAGCGAGCGCGGGGGGCGCCGCGCUGCCCGAGCGCCUCCGCCUGCCCGUCUGCUUCCUGGGCGUGUUCUUCUGCUACUUCUACUACGGCAUCCUGCAGGAGAGCAUCACCCGCGGCCGCUACGGGGACGGCGCGCAGCAGGAGCGCUUCACGUUCGCGCUGACGCUCGUGUUCAUCCAGUGCGUGAUCAACGCCGCGUUCGCCAAGAUCCUGAUCCGCGUGUUCGACUCGGGCCGGGGGGAUCGCACCCGCCGCUGGCUCUAUGCCGCCUGCUCGCUCUCCUACCUGGGCGCCAUGGUUUCCAGUAACUCGGCUCUGCAGUUCGUCAGCUACCCGACACAGGUCCUAGGGAAAUCCUGCAAGCCCAUCCCAGUCAUGCUCUUGGGAGUGACACUGCUGCGGAAGAAGUAUCCGCCGGCCAAGUACCUCUGCGUGCUCUUGAUCGUGGCCGGCGUGGCCCUGUUCCUGUACAAGCCCAAAAAAGGGGCUGGGAGCGAGGACCACGUCUUUGGCUAUGGAGAACUGCUCCUGCUGCUGUCCCUGACGCUGGACGGGCUGACCGGCGUGUCACAGGAUCACAUGAGAGCUCACUACCAGACAGGCUCCAACCACAUGAUGCUGAACGUUAAUCUCUGGUCCACCCUGUUCCUGGGCGCUGGGAUCCUGUUCACCGGAGAGCUCUGGGAGUUCCUGCGCUUCACGGAACGUCACCCCGGCGUCAUCUCCAACAUCCUGCUGUUCGGCCUGACGAGUGCGCUGGGGCAGAGUUUUAUUUUCAUGACUGUGGUGUACUUCGGACCUCUGACCUGUUCCAUCAUCACCACAACCCGCAAGUUCUUCACCAUUUUAGCGUCCGUCAUCCUGUUUGCCAACCCCAUCAGUCCGAUGCAGUGGGUGGGGACAGUCCUGGUGUUCCUGGGCCUGGGACUCGAUGCCAAAUUUGGAAAGGGAGUAAAGAAGACUUCACAUUGAGGAAAUGGCUGAUCUCUGCAGUUGGAAUGAACUUUUAAUUUAUUGUCUUGUACCUCAAAAUCUGAUAUGAAACUGGACUCAGGAUAGGUAAUCAGAAGAGGAGUGUUUGGAUUAUUUUUUUGUUUUAGUUUUUUAUUCAAAAUUGUCUUAAAAGUGUAAUACUUUAGUUCUAACUGUAAUUAAGCUUCUUUUUCUGUAAUCAAAGCUGCGUUACUAGAUCCCAGCAGCAGGAUGGAAUUCUUGCCUUAACAGGAAAAAAACCUUCAUAUCUUUAUUAAAGAAAAAGUGACACACCGA